GAGAAACGUCAAAACCGUGUCAUCAGAAAACAUGUGCGCGGCGUGAUUUAGGAUCUCGAGAUCGUUGUGAGUGCGUGAAUUUUGUGAAGUUUGAAACCCGCUUGAAACCCGUGCGAUCGUGGUGAUUAUUCUCGGUAACUGUUCAUAAAUAGUGCAAAAUAUGUCGUCCAAAGAACGCGAGGAACGCAUGGAGGUGGCCGAGGACCAGAACAUCGAGGAUGCGAUUAUUGCUGGGGAGAGUGACGACGAUGAUGACGAAGAUAACGAGCAGCAGGAUGAAGCCAUGGACAAUGAGACCGGCAAUGGUCAGGUUUACCUGCCGGGGCGGAAGCUGAACAACGACGAAGAGUUGGUUUGCGACGAAUCGGCUUAUGUUAUGCUGCACCAGGCCCACACCGGUGCGCCGUGUUUGAGUUUCGAUUUGAUUGCGGAUCCGUUGGGGGACGAUCGGGAGACGUUCCCGUUGACGGCGUUUAUGGUGGCUGGGACUCAAGCUGCCAGGACCCACGUUAACAGUGUGAUCGUGAUGAAGAUGUCCAACUUGCACAGGACUUCGAAGGAACGUAAGGAUGACGAUGAUGACUCGGAUUCGGAGUUGAGUGACGACGAGGAUGAGCAUGAGGAUAAGCGGCCACAUAUGAACUGUGCCCUCAUUAAGCACGCCGGUUGUGUGAACCGGAUUCGCGCCACGACCUUCAACCAAUCACACUAUGUGGCCACCUGGAGCGAAAUGGGACGGGUCAACAUCUAUAACAUCAACGAUCAGUUGGCCGCAGUUGACGAUGAGCAGUCCUGCAAGAACUAUGAAACGAACAAGGUCGGGGACGGAGUGAAGCCGGAUUUUACCUUCUCCGGUCAUCAGAAGGAAGGCUUCGCAAUCGAUUGGUGUACCACAACGCGUGGUAUGUUGGCCACAGGGGAUUGCCGCCGAGAUAUUCACAUUUGGCGCCCGAACGAUAAAGGAUCCUGGACGGUGGAUCAACGCCCUCUGAUCGGGCAUACCGACUCGGUGGAGGAUAUACAGUGGAGCCCGAACGAGGCCAAUGUGUUGGCCACCUGUUCGGUGGAUAAGUCGAUUCGGAUUUGGGACUGCCGGGCGGCGCCCUCCAAGGCCUGUAUGUUGACGGCGGCCAAUGCGCACGAAAGUGACGUUAAUGUGAUUAGUUGGAACCGGAACGAGCCGUUGAUCGCUAGUGGUGGCGACGACGGUUUCUUCCACAUUUGGGAUCUUCGCAACUUCCAGUCGAAAUCGACGGUGGCAACGUUCAAGCACCACACCAAUCACAUUACCACCAUCGAGUGGCACCCCAAGGAAUCGACCAUUCUGGCCACCGGAGGAGACGACGAUCAGAUCGCUUUGUGGGACCUUUCGGUGGAGCGUGACGACGAAGAGGAACGAGCGGACCCGCAGCUUAAGGACCUACCGCCGCAGUUGCUGUUCAUUCACCAGGGCCAAACGGAAAUCAAGGAGCUGCAUUGGCACCCGCAGCUCAAGGGUGUCCUGUUCUCGACGGCACACAGUGGGUUCAACGUUUUCCGAACGAUUAGCGUUUAGGUGGAUUAGUGCCUAGUGAGGCGGCGAGGAGAUUCUUUUCUACGUUCUUCAAUUCGAAGGCGAUUACCCAUAUGUAACAUUUAAUACGAUUCAAAAAUAAAAGUUAUCAGAAGAACUUACCUGUA